AUGUCUUCUUCGAGCUCGUCAUCCGACGGUGUUCUUGAUGAUAUGGUUAUCACCAUGGCGCAGGAGGCGAUUAAUUAUUUGCAAGAAGAAGCCGAAUCCUCUGCAUUGCGUACCAGACAACCGCCUAUAGAACGGAAUCGGUUAGCUGCUCAUGAACGUCUAGUGCAAGAUUAUUUUUUUGAAACUCCCGUGUACGAUGAUGUUCAGUUUAAGCGUAGGUUUCGUAUGAGCCGACGACUAUUCGUUAAAAUUUCCAAUGAUCUUGCGGGUGAAUCCCCUUUUUUCACGCAAAGGGUAAGUGCAACUGGCAAGGUUGGUUUCUCUGGACUACAAAAGUGUACGGCAGCAAUUAGGCAACUAGCCUACGACACAUCGAGUGAUGCGUGGGAUGAGUAUUUAAGGAUGUCGUCAAGAAUGUGUCGGGAGUCUCUUGAAAACUUUUGUGAAGGUAACUUCUAA